AUGUCAAAACAAAUGAAACCAAUUGAUUUACGUAAAUUAGCAAAGAAUUUUUCUGAAGAAAAAUCUAAAGAAGAUCUUCAUUGGCAAAGAAAUGAUGCAAAAUUUCGUGCUGUUCAUCAACGUUGUUCAACCUAUGAUGACUUUCGAAAUAUUGUUGCAGCUGCACAUUUACGUCCACUUGAUCGAAAUGAAACUUUAACAUUAGAACGUCAAUCACUUGCAUGGAAUCAACCAGCUGGACAAAAUUCUUCUCCUUCAUCUUCACAAAUAAUUCUUCCAUCGGAAUCAUCUUUACUUCCUCAAAUAAACACAUUUUCAACACCAAAAAAUGUUAUUGAAUUUAUUCAACAAUGGCGACGUAUUCCAAAUGAUAUGAAACUUGAUUAUUUACAUCAAUUGAAAAAUCUUGAACAUAUUUUUCAAACUGAUAUUCCAACAGAUUUAUUACAUGAUUUAUCUUUAUUAUAUCACGAAAAUUCAUCAUCCAAUGAUGCAGAAUUAAUUGUAAAUAUUCUUACAAAUUUAAUUAGAUCAAAACGGUUUGAAAUAAUUAAAAGUUUUCUAACUAAGAAAGAUCAAUCUGAACUUGAUUUAUUAUUUUCACGGCUUUGUACGUUUGCUAAUUUACGUUUUUCUGUGUUUUUAUUAAGAAAAAUAUAUCUUUAA